AUGCCGCAACACGAGGACAUGGAGAUCAUUCGGCGCUUACAACUCAAAAACCAAACACUCAAGAACAAAAAUCGUACUUUAGGCGAGACAAAUAAAACAUUAUCAGCCAAUCAAUGGCGAUCAUCUUCGAGUACCCAAAUUCCAGAUGAGCUGAAGGCUUUUGACGCUGAACUUGCAACUUUUUCCCGCAAGUACGGUAUCAUUGCAGAGAUGUUCCCACCCACACACUGCAUCCUCAAACUUCCUGUGCCAAAUCCUCCACCUGCCAUCCUAUCUGGGAGUCACUAUGCAACCAAGAGCGCAGAAGAACUCUGUCUCGUAACAGAGCUAUACUCACUUCUCCCGGAUCAUCUCCAUCGCUUUGUACCGACUACUCAUUUCCAAUCAUUGCUGGGACACCAUCUUCAAGGCGGUCGCUCAAGCGAGAUUGGCAAGUUGCGAGUGAUGGCAGGGCAUAUUUUUGGUCUUGAUUCUUCCUACUUCAACACCAGCUUUACAAAGCGAGAUACAAUUCUCGAAAUCCAGAAGCUGCUUGGUCAAUCAUCUUCGAAGUUUCCACCUGUCCUUUUUACAAGGCAAGAAAUGGACCCAACGAUGUCAAUGGUUUUUGGUAACUGGGAACCGCUCGCAAAGGCGAUUAGAAUUGUAAUGUUUGGAAAAAAUUCGCUGGACAUUGUUGGGUGGCCACGUGCCAAAUGUAACGCUCGAAAGUGGGGCAUAACAUUGUACACCCCUGGCCUUCUUGCCUGGGGUUGGGUUGUGUUGAUAUUUAUUCUGUCCCCGGACACUUUGUUCACUAAAGAUGAAGUUGGUGCAAGGUCUCGACUACUCAACUAUGGGUCACACUUUGGGAAGAACCUAACCCCUACUUCACCAACAAUUGACACUCCGGCUGUCAUUGCACCACCUGUCCCUCCCACUGUACCAGCUAUCACCCCUGGCAUGUCGCCUCAGGCCACUGAAACUAUCAUUAACCCAGUUCCCAGAUCCGCUGUUCAACUUCUGGUCUCGCUCACAGGCAAUACUGUCAAUGUGCCUAUAGUUGCUGUUACCAUGGCCACCGACGAAUUCCCGCCCAUUGUGCCUGCCGCUGUUACUGCCGUCGUUGCUGCCGUCGUUACUGAUGGACCAGAUGUCACUGCAGUUUCUGACAUACCUGGCAAUGGGGAGACCCUGUCACAAGCUGUAGCCUCUGGGUCAUCAUCUGCUCGACGGGGCUGA